AUAAAUUUGUGACAUUUAUAUAUAGGUGUGCGUGGUUUAUUCCCAGUUAUUAAUUAAUAUAAAUUAUUAUAUUUUUAAAGUCUAAAACCGUUCUCAAUUAAAAAUCACCGAAAGCCCCUGCCAUUUUUUUUUAAAUAAACCUGCAAUAAUUGAAUUGUGAGAUUAAAUUGUCACUGACAAAAAAUAACCUUUGAGAAUUUAUCCUUUAUUCAAGAAAAUCUAAGUUAUUAAAAAAAUCGUCGAAUUAAAUUCUGUUUAUCGAAUGUAAAACAGACUUUAUGUAUCGUGACGCAAAUGCGUUUAAGGGUAUCUGUAAUUUAUGAGAUCAAAUUCUUAGACUUAUCGUAUCGUGUUAACGUAACAAUUUACCAAUGUUUACUCGUACCUACUAAUAAUUUAAUAAUAAUUUCAAUAUAAACAGGCCGGCUGUUAAAUCAGAUAUCACAAAUAAUAUAAUGUCAAACAAAUUUAUCUCAGUUUAUCAUAUUCCUGCUCUGAAGCGAGCACCGCAAACAUGUUCGCUUUGAAACGGUUUCAAAGCUGCCGUUUUAAAUUUAUACCGAAAAUAAUCGCGACACAAAUUCAUAGUCACAGUGUUCUACUUAAAUAUACAAAUGAAGACCAUUUAAAACUUAACAUCAAAGGAAAUGAUCUCAAGUUUCCCUUCGUUUGGCUUCGAGACAACUGUCAGUGCGACCAGUGCUUCCACAGAACCGCGAAGAGCAGGAUCCUGGAUUGGACAAAAUUCGACAUCAACAUCAAGCCAGCAAACGUGGCCCAAGGCGAAAACUCGCUCCAAGUGACCUGGAGUGAUGGGCAUAAAUCAAGUUACGAGUUCGACUGGCUAAAAUUCAGGAGCUUCACCCCUGAAAACCAAAAAACAUACAAGGACACGAUCUUCAGACCGAAAAGGAUAACUUGGCAUGGUGAUGAUUUUGAAAACAUUUUUAGCAAACACUAUUACAAUGAUAUUGUAAAGUCUGAAGAGGCUCUAUACAAUUGGUUACACCAACUUUCGAUUUACGGCGUGGCUCUCAUACAGAAUACGCCUGCUUCAGAGACAGCUGUGGAUAAAAUCGUUGACAAGAUCGGCUUCACGAAACGAACGCAUUAUGGGAUCAAAUUCAUAGUCCAGCACGUGGCCAACACUAGCAACGUCGCAUACCUGUCCAGCAAUUUACAAAUGCAUACUGAUCUACCUUACUACGAAUACUGCCCCGGUGUAAACUUAUUACACUGUCUAGUUCAAACGGCGAGCAGGGGUGGUGAGAAUUUGCUGGUUGAUUGUCAUUACGUAGCAAAUUACAUGAAGGAAAACCACCCGGAUGAGUAUAAAAUUUUGACUGACACCGAGGUCGAAUGGAACGAUAUUGGCGAGGAGGAUGGAAACGAAUUCUACAAACUGAACCGAAGCCCUGUUAUCAGCCUUGACAAGCACGGAGAAAUAACAAAAAUAAAUUUCUCUGUAGCUCAGAGGAGCAGCAAUCUCCCCGCUCCUUAUGAGUCUGUCAUACCUUGGUACAAAUCUUAUGCGCUCUUCCAUAACCUUGGUCGAAAGUUCGCAGCGAAAUACAAGACACAGGAUGGAGAUAUUUUGGUCUUCGACAAUAGAAGGCUACUGCAUUCGAGAAGUGCUUACGAAGACAAUUCAAACAACGUAAGAAAAUUAAUAGGUGCCUAUGUUGAUUGGGACGAAAUAUACUCGAGAUUGCGAUGCUUAACAGUUAAAUUAAAAUAUGUCGAUGGAAUUUUUCAAUCAAAUCAUAGAGGAUAAAAUGUUAUGUUAUGUAACAUAGAGUAAGAAUGUACUAUUAUAAAUAUUAUUACUAAAACAAAUACAGUCAAAACCGUUUAGUGCGACACCGUUUAGAACAACAUACCGGUUAUAAUAACCUAGAACAAAGGUCCCGGCUGAAUGCCAUAUGACCGCCUUAUUAAAAAUAUUGCUUUAUACGACAUUGCUUAUAACGACAUACCUCAUAAAACGACCACAUUUAACUAAUAUUUUGGAGAAUUAGAUCUGUUAGAACGACCGGCUCAGCUGUAUUGUAAACAAUUUAAAUAGUUAUCCCCAUUUGUCUUCAAUGGCUAUUAAAAUCAGGAAAGAAAACAAUAGUUUAGUGUAGGGUCUUUUCUAAUUCUUAGAAACAAAACAUGUGCAUGCAGUAGAGUCAAAGCCCGUUUCUUCAUAGCUCUUCAGUUAGUUUGUUACUUAUCUAUAGUCGGAUUUUUAAUUAGACGAAGCCAGCUGACAGUAGCUAAUGUCACUUUGUGAAAUAAUGUUGCUAUAUUUAAAGUAAUAGUGAUGCGUUCAGUUCUCGUUCGAUCACAUGAAUGAGCAAUGAGUGUAAAGAGUUAAUCAUUAAUUUCAAACUAUAAAAGAAUAUUAUUUAUAAUUUACAAUAAAAUUGUAUUAAAGUGCUCCAAUAUAUGUUACUAGUAGUAUGUAAUACAAUCAGUUUUUUUAUUUUCAUUACCUACCUAUAAUUGUUAUAUUUUAUACGUCUAUAAUUUCAACUAUAUGAUGUAUUAGAAAUAGGACAGUCUUACAAGCUUCAUCGCAAUGUUUUUCUUAAUGUUUAAAACACUCGGUAUUCAGUACAGGUAGAUACUAUAGGAACAUAAUAUUUCGUCGAAAACUCGUUGGUAUGUACAAAGCACGCCUAAAACUCGAACCCCGUACCCGAUAUCGGCAAUUCGGCACACCAACUAUUCACUAGACAAUCGAGGCAAUUUCAUUAAUUCAGGAGUUUUUUCAAUCGUUCACUUUGUCACAACACUAUUUUUAUUUCAUCAAAAACUGACAACACAGUAAACGUCAGUUGACUUCGUCUAAUAAAAAAUCCGACUAUAUACACAAGACGCACCAAAACUUUGAAUGAUGGUGUCAAUGCUGUUAGUGUAUUAAGAAAGAUUGAUCUUUUUAAUGAACAGUUCCACAUCCACAGCAGUUAUGACGAUACGUUAAUUAAAAUGCAACGUGAAUUACAAAAUAUCUAUGCACAACAGAAGUGUUCCAAACAGACCAAAAUUACAGAUUUUAUGCUCACAGAAAAAUAAUAUGCAUUGUACUUGUGUGUAAUAAACAAAAUGUACAUAGUUGAGUAAAUAUAUUUUUCCAAUGAUUCCCUA